CCUGGAGGAAGCAGAAAAUGAGCUGCAACCUCUUCCUCCUGGCUCUGGUCCUGGGCAUUGGUGGAACUUUCCAUUACGGAUUACAGGUGUCCAUUAUCAAUUCUCCGGCUGAGUACAUCAAAAGUUUCAUCCACAAGACUUGGCUGAAAAGAUAUGGCUCUUCUCCCAGUGAAGAAAUAAUUACCUUGAUGUGGUCCUUCAUUGUGUCCAUCUACAGCAUUGGUGGGCUCCUGGGAUCCAUGUUUGCUGGAUAUUUCUUAGUCAGAUUCGGAAGGAAGAAGGCGAUGCUGCUCACCAACAUCCCCGCUCUGCUGAGCUCCGUGCUGAUGGGACUCAGCAGGGUGUGUGGAUCCUUUGAGAUGCUCAUCAUUGGAAGAAUGGUUUCUGGAGUGACUGCAGGCUUAGCUCUGAACAUCCACGUCCCGUACGUUGGGGAAUGUUCCCCUCAGAGGCUGCGCGGGGCCAUUGCCAUAACAGCUUCCACUGCCAUCGCCAUUGGGAAGUUUGUAGGAUUUGCUCUGGGUCUCAGAGAAGCCCUCGGAGUAGACGCUCUCUGGCCUGUUCUCAUGGCAGCCAAUGCGCUCCCUGCCCUCAUCCAGCUUCUCACGCUCCCGUUCUUCCCAGACUCCCCCCGCUACCUGCUCAUUGACAAGAAGGACAAAGAGGGAUGUAUCAAAGCUGUGAAGCAGCUCUGGGGAGAUGGUGACCACACAGCAGAGAUAGAUGACAUGAUGGCAGAGCAAAAAGCCAUCAACGGGGAGAAGGCUAAGAGCGUCUGUGAUCUCUUCCGGGACAGAGCUGUCCGCUGGCAGCUCAUCACCCUCUUCCUCGUCUCCUCAUGCAUGCAGCUAAUUGGAGUCAACGUGGUUUACUUUUAUGCAUACAAUGUCUUCGUAAAGGCUGGAAUCCCCCCUGCGCAAACCCGCUAUGUCUCCCUGGGAGUUGGGAUCACAGAGAUCUUCACCACUGUUCUCUGUGGUUUCCUAAUUGAACGUGCGGGGAGGAAGGCGCUGCUAUGGAAAAGCUACACGGUUAUGUCCUUGGCGUUAGGGCUCCUCACUGUCACGCUUUCACUGCAGGACUCCUUCUCCUGGGUACCCUACUGCUCUGUUGCACUCAUCUUUACCUUCAUCAUGAGCUUUGGCAUUGUAGCUGGGGUGAUAUGCCCUUUGCCCACAGAACUAUUUAUUCAGUCAUACAGACCAGCUGCUUAUGUUUUAAGUGGUGCCACAAACUGGAUCCAACUCUUCUUUCUUGGACUUGUGUUCCCUUUUAUUGUGGAAGGUCUUGGUAGUUUCUGCUUCAUCAUUUUCUUUGCAUACUGCCUGUCCAUGGCUGUCUUUGUCUACUUGGUGAUGCCAGAGACCAAAGGCAAGACCAUGCUGCAGAUCAUGGAGGACUUCAACCGCCUGAACUACCGCGGGAAGAGGAGCCCGUCAGCCCUAUGGCAAAACGACAGCUCGGUGACAGUCGCCACAAGACUUUAA